AUGCGCGGGCCUGGGCUGGCCACCUCCUGCCCCCAGGGCUGCGCCUGGUGUCCUCCCAGUCCGGCUGUGGACUUAUCUGGCUGCUGGGAAAGAGCCAUCGAGGGAUGCUGCCAGCUCCCCACUUUCCAGCCCCACCUGAGCUGCGAGCACGCUCCUUCCCGGGGCCGGUCUCUGGAGAGUGUAGUAGCCCUGAGCUUGGGCACAGCUGGGCAGCUGCCCAGCCAGUCAGCCACGCUGGCCCUCAGCCGCUCUCUGGUGCUGGCGAAGAUGCCCCAGGACGCCCCGACAGUCCGUGUGACUUGGUCAAGACCGCGUUGUCGCUCCUGGGGCACGGGAGCUCCUGUGGGGGAUGGGGUGACCGUGGCCAGUGUGACCGUGGCCCAGGAAGCUAGUCCAGGCCUGCAGAGCCGUCGGUUCUGCCUGCCCAUGUGGCUGGGGCUGUCUGUGCAGCCCCACGGCAGCCACCUUUGGCCUCCGUCACUGCCCAAGGGCUGGGUGGAAGCAGAGGGGCAGCCCCGCAUCUCGGGUGUCUUCCCUGCUGGGCAGGCCUUGCAAUACUUCACUCCGACCGUCCUCUGUCCACCGGUGUCCCUGGAGGAGGCCGAGGAGCAGAGGGCCUUCCGAAUUGGGCCCAGGAUGGCAGCUGCGGGCCGGCCGGCCUCUUUCAGGGCACUGCUGACGGCGGGCUACCUGCUGCUGGCUGGUGGGCCCAGGGCCACCCCCACAGCUCUGAGGGCCCAGGAGCAGGAGGUGCGGCGGGCCCUGGGCUGGGGUGAACAGCGCGCCCUCCCGGCAGCGGCGGUGGAGUGUCCCGACCAGCGCCCGGAGCUGCAGCCCUGGAGCCCCAGCCAUGACCCGGACCGGCGGGUGCACGUCGGCCGUGGCCAGGCCCUGCUGCUCAGCGCGUCUGCUACUGUCCACUCAGUCCACAUCUCCCAGGGAGGACAGCUGGUCAUCAAAGACCAGGAGGCGCCCAUCGUCCUGCGCACCCGGCACAUCCUGAUUGAGGACGGGGGCGAGCUGCACGCGGGGAGCGCCCUCUGCCCCUACCAGGGCAGCUUCAGCAUUGUCCUGUAUGGAAGGGCUGACGAUGGGGAGCAGUCCAACUCCUACUUCGGCCGGAAGUACAUUGGCGUGGGCAGAGGGGGCAUCCUGGAGCUGCACGGGCGCAAGAAACUGGCCUGGACGUUCCUGAACAAGACCCUGCACCCCGGAGGCAUGGAGGAGGGGGGCUAUUUCUUUGAAAGAAGCUGGGGUCACCGUGGGAUCAUCGUUCAUGUCAUUGACCCCCAAGCGGGCACCGUCAUCCAUUCUGACCGGUUCGACACCUACCACUCCAAGCAGGAGAGCGAGCGGCUGGCGCGCUACCUGAGCGCCGUGCCCAACGGCAGGGUCUUGUCAGUGGCUGUGAACGACGAAGGCUCCCGGCACCUGGAUGACGUGGCCCGGAAAGCCAUGACCAGGCUGGGCAGCAAGCACUUCCUGCACCUGGGCUUCAGACACCCCUGGAGCUUCCUGACCGUGAAGGGAAACCCGUCGGCUUCCGUGGAAGAGCACGUGGAGUUCCACGGACACCGCGGCUCGGUGGCCGCCCGCGUCUCCAAGCUGUUCCACACUGCCCAGGGCGAGUGCUUCCGCGUGUCCUCCUCCAGCGAGUGGGUGCAAGAUGUGGAGUGGACGGAGUGGCUGGACCACGACAAGCUGCCGACCAUGAAGGGUGGAGAGAAGACCCCGGACCUCCGGGCCGUGGCCCCGGGAAAGAUCUGCCCUCGCCCCCUCGACGUCCAGGCCACCAGCGUGGACGGCACCAACCUCACCACCGAGGUCGUGCACAAGAGAGGCCAGGACUUCCGCUUCACGUGCCGCGACCGCUGGGGCCGCGCCUGCCAGCACUACCGUGUGCGCUUCCUAUGCGGGAAGGCCGCGAGGCCCAAGCUCACGGUCAGCAUCGACACCAACGUGAACAGCACCACGCUGACCCUGGAGGACGACGUGCGGUCCUGGGAGCCGGGGGACACACUGGUGGUGGCCAGCACCGACUACUCCAUGCACCAGGCCGAGGAGUUCCAGGUGCUGCCCUGCACGGCCUGCGCCCCCAACCAGGUCAGGGUGGCAGGGAAGCCCAUGUACAUGCACAUGGGCACGGAGGUGGACGGCGUGGACAUGCGCGCCGAGGUCGGGCUGCUGAGCCGGAACAUCGUGGUGAGGGGCGAGAUGGAGGCCGGGUGCUACCCCUACGCCAGGCACCUCUGCGACUUUUUCCACUUUGACACCUUCGGGGGCCACAUGAAGUUUGCUCUGGGGUUCAAGGCAGUGCACCUGGAGGGCGUGGAGCUGCGGCACAUGGGCCAGCAGCUGGUGGGGCAGUACCCGCUGCACUUCCACCUGGCGGGCGACGUGGACGCCAAGGGGGGCUACGACCCGCCCACCUAUGUCAGGGACCUGUCCAUCCACCACACCUUCUCCCGCUGCGUCACCGUGCAUGGCUCCAACGGCUUGUUGGUGCAGGACGUCGUGGGCUACGACUCCUUGGGUCACUGCUUCUUCACGGAGGACGGGCCCGAGGAGCGCAACACCUUCCUCCACUGCCUGGGGCUGCUGGUGCGCCCGGGGACGCUCCUGCCCUCCGACCGCGACAGCCGCAUGUGCAAGGCCAUCACGGAGGACGCCUACCCUGGCUACGUGCCCAGGCCCAGGCAGGACUGCAACGCUGUGUCCACCUUCUGGAUGGCCAACCCUAACAACAACCUGGUCAACUGUGCGGCUGCCGGCUCUGAGGAGACUGGGUUUUGGUUCAUUUUCCACCACGUUCCCACAGGCCCCUCGGUGGGCAUGUACCCCCCCGGCUAUUCAGAGCACAUCCCCCUGGGAAAGUUCCAGAACAACCGUGCACACUCUAACUACCGGGCUGGCAUGAUCAUAGACAACGGCGUCAAGACGACCGAGGCCUCCGCCCGGGACAAGCGGCCCUUCCUCUCCAUCAUCUCCGCCAGGUACAGCCCACACCAGGAUGCUGACCCGCUGAAGCCCCGGGAGCCGGCCAUCAUCAAGCACUUCAUCGCCUACAAGAACCAGGACCACGGAGCCUGGCUGCGUGGGGGUGACGUGUGGCUGGACGGCUGCCGGUUCGCGGACAACGGCAUCGGCCUGACACUGGCCAGUGGCGGCACCUUCCCCUACGAUGAGGGCUCCAAGCAGGAGGUGAAGAACAGCCUGUUUGUGGGCGAGAGUGGCAACGUGGGCACAGAGAUGAUGGACAACAGGAUCUGGGGCCCGGGCGGCCUGGACCACAGCGGAAGGACCCUCCCCAUAGGCCAGGACUUCCCCAUCCGGGGCAUCCAGUUCUAUGACGGCCCGGUCAACAUCCAGGGCUGCACCUUCCGCAAGUUUGCGGCGCUGGAGGGCCGGCACACGAGCGCGCUGGCCUUCCGCCUCAACAACGCCUGGCAGAGCUGCCCACACAACAACGUCACCAACCUGGUCUUCGAGGACGUCCCAAUCACGUCCAGAGUGUUCUUCGGAGAGCCAGGGCCCUGGUUCAACCAGCUGGACAUGGACGGGGACAAGACGGCGGUGUUCCACGACGUGGACGGCUCGGUGUCCGAGUACCCGGGGGCCUACCUCACGCGGGAGGACAACUGGCUGGUGCGGCACCCGGACUGCCUGGCCGUCCCCGACUGGAGAGGGGCCAUCUGCAGCGGGCACUACGCGCAGAUGUACAUCCAGGCCUACAAGACCAGCAACCUGCGGAUGAAGAUCAUUAAGAACGACUCCCCCGACUACCCCCUCCACCUGGAGGGCGCCCUGGCCCGGAGCGCCCACUACCAGCAGUACCAGCCUGUAGUCACGCUGCGCAAGGGCUACACCGUCCACUGGGACCAGCCGGCGCCCGCCGAGCUCACCAUCUGGCUGGUCAACUUCAACAGGGGCGACUGGGUGCGCGUGGGGCUCUGCUACCCGCGGGGCACCAGCUUCUCCAUCCUCUCGGACGUGCACGACCGCCUGCGCAAGCGAACCUCCAAGACCGGCUCCUUCGUCAGGACGCUGCAGAUGGACAAAGUGGGCCAGAGCCUUCCCGGCAGGGGCCACUACUUCUGGGAUGAGGACUCAGGGCUGCUCUUCCUGAAGCUGCGCGCGCAGAACGAGCGGGAGCGGUUCGCCUUCUGCUCGGUGAAGGGCUGCGAGAGGAUCAGGAUCAAGGCCCUGAUCCCCAGGGGCGCGGGCGUCAGCGACUGCUCGGCGGCCGCCUACCCCAAGUUCGUGGAGAGGGCGACGGUGGACGUGCCCAUGCCCAGGAAGCUGAGCGGCGCGCAGCUGAAGACCCAGGACCGCUUCCUGGAGGUGAGGAUGGAGAGCUCCAGACAGCGCUACUUUCACGGGCUGAGCGACUCCGCCUACAUCCAGGUGGACGGGCAGACGUUCGCCGGCGCGGAGGAGGGCGUGCAGGUGGUGGUGGUGGACGGUCGCCGGGGCCGCGUGCUGAGCCGCGCCAGCUUCCGCAACGCCGUGCUGCAGGGCACGCCGAGCGCGUCCAAGCUGCUCCACUACGUGGCGGCCCUCCCUGACCACUCCAUCGUCCUCAUGGCCUCCAAGGGCCGGCUGGUCUCCCGAGGCCCCUGGACCAGAGUGCUGGAGAAGCUUGGGGCGGACAAGGGGCUCAGGCUGAAAGAGAAAAUGGCAUUCGUGGGCUUCAAGGGAAGCUUCCGGCCCACCUGGGUGACCCUGGACACCAACGACCAGAAGGCCAAGAUCUUCCAAGUCGUGCCCAUCCCCGUGCUGAGGAAGCAGCGGCUGUGAGGCCCCCUUGGUGCCCAUGUGGGACAGUGGACACUGCGCCGGGCAGUGUGGGGCCAGGUCCCACGUGGGGGCAGCUGCCCGGGAGGCCGUGUUGCUCGAG